GGACUGAGCUGGAAAGGUUGGAAUGAAGACAAGUUUAUAAGGAGGAGGAAGGGAGAAUCCCUCCUCCUCCUCCUCCUCCUCCUCCUCCGACACUAUCGCGUGCUGCUGCAGUCAGGCGCGCGCUCCUCUUCGUCCGCCUCCUGAGGAUCUGACCGCAUUCCAGCGCUACCAAGGCCACUUUCUACCGCCUCAUACCGACCUUCCUCCCUCGUCCACCGCUCCCCGCGGAUCAUUCUCCUGUUCCAACACGGAAGAGGGACGUGGAAUGAGCCCAAACAUGUAGGCGUUCAGACGAAGAAGGACAAAUAAAUGACGAGAGGAUCGGCAGAAAGCUUCCUGCGUCUUUUCUCACCUCCAGCUUUCCCCACAGCAAGGAUUGUGUGGAUUUUGGGAGGAUGCUGAAAACGGAUUGAGUGUUUCAGGACCGUGGACAGUGGAUCCGGAUCAGCAGGUUUUGUAACUGUACGUUCUGCUUCUUGUCUGAACGGGAUCAUGAUCGUGUCUGAGAGUUUUCCAUGAACUGGUUUGUUUAUUAUGUUAAAUUCCAACAAGACGUGGAAGUCAGUUCCCAUUGAGUCGAUGAUCAGUCUGAACCUGUUUCCCUAUGUGAGAAACACUUCAGCCUGUUCACGGGAAUUAAUUUCUCCUGACCAGCUAACUAUCGAGCUCCUGGUGGAGAACCCGGACCUCACCAGACCUGAACCUCCAGCACCCAGCAAAUAUGGCUCGUUUCUGCAUCUUCUUCCUCUGCAAGUCCGUGACCCUCAUCUUCUCCAUCCUCCUGUUUUUCUCUGAUCCGACUGUGAGUAAGAAAAAGCUCUACAUCGGAGCUCUGUUUCCCAUGAGUGGGGGCUGGCCCGGGGGACAGGCCUGCCUCCCCGCAGCCCAGAUGGCCCUGAACCUGGUCAACAAAAGGACCGACAUUCUGCCGGACUACGAACUGGAGCUCAUACACUACGACAGCAAGUGUGAUCCAGGUGAGGCCACCAAGUUACUGUAUGACCUUCUGUACACGGAGCCCAUUAAGGUGGUGUUGAUGCCCGGCUGCAGCUCUGUGUCAACGCUGGUGGCAGAAGCUGCUCGCAUGUGGAACCUCAUAGUGCUGUCAUAUGGUUCCAGCUCACCUGCAUUGUCCAAUCGUCAGCGUUUUCCCACCUUCUUCCGCACCCAUCCAUCUGCCACGCUGCAUAACCCAACCAGAGUGCAGCUCUUCAAGAAGUGGAAAUGGACUAAAAUUGCCACCAUUCAGCAAACAACAGAAGUUUUCACAUCAACUCUGGAUGACCUGGAAGAGAGGGUGAAAGAGGCUGGGAUUGAUAUCAGCGUCCGUCAGAGUUUCCUUACUGACCCUGCUGUAGCGGUCAAAAACCUGAAGCGGCAAGAUGCCAGAAUUAUCGUUGGUUUGUUCUAUGAGACGGAGGCCAGGAAAGUCUUCUGUGAGGUCUAUAAGGAGAAGCUGUAUGGGAAAAAGUAUGUGUGGUUCCUCAUUGGCUGGUAUGCAGACAACUGGUUUAAAAUUAAGGAUCCAUCCAUCAACUGUACAGUGGAGCAGAUGACCGAGGCCGUGGAGGGUCAUGUGACCACUGAGAUUGUCAUGCUAAACCCAGAGACGGUGCGAGGAGCCUCCAACCUGACAUCUCAGGAGUUUCUGGCCCAGCUCAUGUCUAAACUGGGGGGUAAAAAUCCAGAAGAAACAGGAGGGUUCCAGGAGGCCCCGCUGGCUUAUGAUGCUGUGUGGGCUCUGGCCCUGGCUCUCAACAAGACUGUGGGUCCCCUGAAGGCCAAAGGUCACCAUCUAGAAGAUUUUAACUACAACAACCGGGACAUCACUGCUGAAAUCUACCGAGCGAUGAACACCAGCUCCUUUGAAGGAGUUUCAGGUCAUGUUGUGUUUGAUGCUCAAGGGUCUCGGAUGGCCUGGACUCUAAUAGAACAGCUUCAAGGUGGCAGCUAUAAGAAAAUCGGAUACUAUGACAGCACUAAAGGGAAUCUGUCGUGGUACAGCAAUGACAAAUGGAUAGGCCCAGGACCCCCUGCAGACCAGACAAUGGUCAUUGAGGAGUUUCGCUUUUUGUCCCAGAGGCUCUUUGCAUCAGUGUCCGUCUUUGCUGGGUUGGGAAUUCUGCUGGGAAUUGUUUGCCUCACCUUUAACAUUUACAACAGCAACGUCAGGUACAUCCAGAACUCGCAGCCCUACCUGAACAACAUGACUGCUGUAGGCUGCAUGAUGGCUCUGGCUGCUGUCUUUCCUCUGGGCAUCGAUGGCCUUCAUGUCCACAGGAAGCAGUUUCCUGUUGUAUGUCAGUUCCGCCUGUGGCUGCUCGGCCUGGGUUUCAGCCUUGCAUAUGGCAGCAUGUUCACGAAGAUCUGGUGGGUCCAUACCGUCUUCACCAAGAAGGAUGAAAAGAAGGAGAAGAGAAAGCACCUGGAACCAUGGAAACUUUACGCUACUGUUGGAGUCCUGCUGGGCAUCGACAUCCUGUCCCUCAUGAUCUGGCAGAUAGUGGAUCCUUUACAUAUCACAGUUGAGAAAUUCACCAGAGAGGCCCCCAAGGGAGACCUAGAUGUUUUGAUCCAGCCGCUACUGGAGCACUGCAGCUCGGAGAAGAUGAACACUUGGCUGGGGGUGGUGUAUGGGUAUAAAGGCCUGCUGCUGCUGCUCGGCAUCUUUCUGGCCUACGAGACCAAGUCCAUCUCCACAGAGAAGAUCAACGACCACCGAGCUGUGGGCAUGGCCAUCUAUAACGUCGCUGUGUUGUGCAUGAUCACAGCUCCGGUCACCAUGAUCCUGUCCUCCCAGCAGGAUGCCUCCUUCGCCUUUGCCUCUUUGGCCAUCAUCUUCUCGGUCUACAUCACCCUGGUGGUUCUGUUUGUGCCCAAGAUGCGGCGCCUGAUCACGCGGGGUGAGUGGCAGUCUGAUGCCCAGGAGACCAUAAAGACCGGAUCGUCCGCCAAUAACGACGAGGAGAAAUCCAGACAGCUGGAGAGAGAGAACAAGGAGCUUCAGAAGAUCAUUCAGGAGAAAGAAGAGCGUGUGUCGGAGCUGAGAAACCAGCUGUCUGAGCGUCAGGCCCAGAGAUCUAGGAGAAGAGCAUCCACCAUAAGCAGUCAGAACCACAGCCCUCCUCUGGCCAUCAUCCCCAGUGAUCCCAGGUCGCUGGCCCCUCCCCCAGGGUACCCAGCGCCCAUCUCUGACCCCCACCCCACCCCUCCAUCCUUCACUAACUCAUCCAGCUUCUACCAAGCAGACAGUAAGAUCAGCAGAAAUAACUGUCACACCAGCCGUCUGCAGAUGCUCUACAAGUGAAACAUGCAGUUUUCACUCAUUUUCCACUCAUUCUUUUUUCAAUGUGCCAUCCAUCUCUCUCAUACCUGCCGAGCAGGUGUUCCAUCAUGAAACUGCACAUGAUGCAGUUUGUAGAUGAGUCAAGUUAAGCAGAGAGGUGUUAUUCUGUGGAACUAAACGUAUUACUGGAAUAAUGGCUGUCACAGUCAGAUUAACUAAACAAAAUGAAUAAUUAUUAUUAAUUAUUAUUAUUAGUCAAGGAGUUAAUGCUGUUUGGAUUUUAUCCAGUGUAACAUUAGUUAGACAUGAGGCCUCCAACACGUCUAAAUGUGUGUCCCUCUUUAAAAUGAUGGCUUAUCAAUAAGUUUAGUGAUGAUGACAUCAAUCCUUCCUCAUAUCUGUACCUUUUAACAUUGACUGCUAGUGUUAGGUAGUCCUCUGUAUGUACUGUAUUGAGGCUGGAUAAAAGGACAUGCUCUGUGAUUAAUGAUGCCAGUUUUGUGAUUGAGGUACUGGUUGUAUCCAAAAUAUAAUAAACUUUGUCUGUUUA